AUGUUGUCGCAGUGCUGGAAUGGCCGGCCACCAGAGCUGUGGUUGAAGGCCUUGCCGCCGGGGAGUAUGACGACGGCGGAGGUGAAGGAGCACCAUGAGGAUUCUCUUCUGUUGGCUUGGGAUUGGGCCUGGGUCUCUGGGCCUGGGCUCAUUCUUGGGCUGAUGGGCCUGUUUGAUUUUCUUUCUGCUAGACAAGACUGGACUUGGGCUUGGGCCUACGGGCUCGGGCUCAGGUCAAGAUUUUAUGCAAAAAAAUUUCCAUACAAGUUUGCUGGCACUGUUCCUGUGGAUAUCAUUUGUUAUUAUUUUGGUGUUGUGUUCCUCAUCAGUUUGGCUGUCAUAUACAGAGAUUUGUAUAUCUAUCUCAGGAACAGUAGCCUGUCAAGUCUUUUAACUGGUUUGGAUUCAGGUAUGGGUCCGAAGAAAUGGACAAGAACAAAGAGACUGUUAGAAGACAGUUAUUGUCAAAAUCGUAAUAAUGAAAGGGAAAUGCAAGCAAUUCCUAUUUCUGAUACUGCUGAAGAGCAGGAAAGUCAUUUUACCGGAUCAAGCCGUGGCACAUAUUCGAAGACACAAUGGACAAGAACAAAAACAUUGUUAGAAGACAGUCAUUGUCAAAACGAUAAUGAUGAAAUAGAAAUGCAAGGAAUUCCUGUUUGCGAUAGCAGUGAAGAACAUAAAGUUCAUUUUAGCAGAUCAAGCCGUGGCAUUCAGUUGGUGAUGUCAAAAGAGAAUCAAUGUUUAAAACAUCAGCAGAAUUCCAAAAGUUAUAGCACUACCAAAUUUAACCAUACUCCCAAGCGAUUCAGAACUAGGGAACAAAGCUCAGGUGCAAUUGCUAAUUCAAGUUUGUCAGCUAAUAGAAUCUCAAAUCUGGAGAAUCCAGGAACAUCACAAGUUUUACAAAGCUCCAGCAAUUCUGAAUUUGUAGAAACUGAUGAAAUUAGAGGUGAAGGUUUACAUCUAUUUGGUCAAGCUUCAUACCAAAAAAGUAGAGCAGGAUCUACAAUCAAAUAUGAGGAUUCAGGAGAUGCUAUCCACACAUGUACUAUGCGUCCUAGACGCCGGACUCGUGGGGAAACCCCUCCCAUUCCAGGAGAUGAGCAUACUCCUGGAGGAAUAGCGGAAGCGUUAGGACGUAUUGUGCAGCAGUUGACUGCAGCGCUUCCAGGCUCCAGAACUGACUUUACCAUGGAGCGAGCGAAGAGGCAUGGAGCUUAUAGCUUCUCUCAUGCUCCUGAGGCUAUGGAUGCCCAGAAUUGGUUGAACAAAAUGGAGAGAGUCUUCACUCAAAUCCAUUGCCCUGAGGAUCGAAAAGUGGGCUUAGCGGUGGAUUUUCUGGAUGGUGUAGCUUUUGAUUGGUGGUCUUAUAUGAGCAGGGACUUAGAGAUUGAUGGCCCAAUUACUUGGGAACAGUUCAAGGAGCACUUUACUGAGAGAUAUUUUGGCACAGCUAUCCGAGAUAGGAUGAAAUAUGAGUUCUUACAUCUGCAAAAGGGGGACAUGACCGUAACAGAAUUUGAACAACGGUUCACCCAACUGGCCCAGUUUGUGCCUGAUAUGGUUAGCACUGAGAGGGAGCGGAUUUAUAGGUUUGUGGAUGCUUUGGGGGGUAAGUAUUCUGAUCAGCUGACCGGAGUACCAUUUACUGAUUAUGCUGAGGUCGUUAAUGCUGCUUUACGACUUGAGACUAGGUAUAUGUCUGGUAUCCGACCUCGGGAUUUGGGUGGCCCCAGCCAGGGCCCACCCAAGAAG